AGCAAGCCAAGGUGAGGAAAAGACUUCAAGAGUACUUGUAGUCAUCUUAACCGCUCGUGUGCCCGUCUGCCCCAUGCCAACCCUGAAAGACUCACGACAUGGACAUGGAGGCCACGGUCCAGGUGUCGCGAUGGAUGGCGAGAUGCAAAGCCAGCAUGGCGCGGCAAAAGCCCAGUCUAAUCAUUCAUUGGUGACACAAUUUUACACUUUUGUUAGCCAUUUCAAGUCACCAGUGUCGCAACAUCCCGUUCAGAUGUCAAGGACUAUAGUUUAAAAAGAGAACAAAAAAAAAACGGGAACGCGAG